CUGUCCCCCCCCCCCCCCCCUGGCGCGCGGAAAACGCUCCUUUUCCCUUGGCCUCAACUUCGGGCCUUUUAAAUUGCUAUUCCGACCACCCGAAUCCGCACAAAACUGCACCAGAGCGGCACCAUGUCAUCGUCGUCCAAUAAAAUUACAGACAGGCGGAUCGCCGAACUAAAGGCGGUCGUUCAGAAUCGGGACCAGGUUAAAGAAAAGCUCCAAAACGAUCUGAAGGAGCUCGAGGACUUGAGGAAAGCGGUGGAGGACCUCGAGGAUCAACUUGACGAGCUCGACAAGGAGCUUAUCAGCUCCGCCGCAUUCGCAGCCAAACACAAACGCGGAAAGGCAGAGGUCAAAAAGUCGACAGCUGAUCAAAUUUCGGAAAAAAAGCUUCUCAUCCAACGGUGGGAGGAGCAAUAUGAAGACAGAAAACAGGAGCUGGAGGACCUCGAAGCAAUGGUGGAAAAGCUGCAGGAGUAGGAUGGCUAAGCUGGAGGCGAUUGGGAAACCUCUCGUCUAUCCUGGUUCUAUUCUGUUCCCCAAGCCUUGCUCCUUUGCCUUUUUUCCAUGUUAAACAGCUUGGUUACUUUACGAUUUUACAAUGCCAAGCCGGUUCACUUCGGCAUCGUACAAGUUCCAUGUGGCGACCUUUCUGGCAACCAAAUCCCUGCGGCGUGGAUCCUGGUCGAUAAACUGCCGGAUGCGGUCGUCGCGGGUCGAAAUCCGGGCAUGGAGCAUGAUAUCAAGGUGACCGUACAUGG